CAUGACUGCAGAGUUGGGGCGUGUCUUGAAGGAGGAACAGAUUUCAUAACGUUGCAUGUAUAAAUAACAGCUUGCAGGCACACAGUGUGCAUACUUCAUCUCUGCACAGAUUCAAGCUACAACAUUCUACAACAUGAUUUGUAUGACAGGAUUGAUCUUGCUGCUCUUUGCAGUGACAGUAGAUGGAAGAGUUGGGGACUCCACUAGUGAAUCCAGUUACUGCACAGAGACAAAAGAGUGCUUUCUGUUUGACUUGGUUUGUGCAGGAGAUGGUUAUGAGGUACGCCACUAUGAAGCUGCUAAGUGGGUGACCACAGAAGCUGAAUCCUAUUUCAUGGAAAUUGCAACUUCAAGAGCAUUCAGGAAACUUUAUAAAUACAUCACCGGAGAAAAUGAGGCUGGUGCAACAAUUGACAUGACUGCACCAGUCCUCAUUAAAGUCAAUAAUAGCACGAGCAUGUGGCAGCCAUCAGUCUAUGGUCUCAGCUUCCUCCUGCCCUCCAAAUACCAGGCCAAUCCACCCAAACCUACUGAUGCCUCUGUAUACUUAACAGACACUCCGGAUAUGAAAGUAUAUGUCAAGAGCUACGGGGGCUGGAUGAUUUCACUUGUGGCCAAAUCACAGGUUGAGACUCUGAAGACGUCGCUGGACAAUGUAAAAGCUACUUAUGAGACAGAGUACCACUAUAAUGUCGGCUAUAACAGCCCAAUGAAGAUUAUGAACAGACACAAUGAGGCGUGGUUUAUUGUUAAGGGUGAGCCUGUGUGUCCUAGGAGUGAAUAAUUUCUCUGAGCUUCCUCUCUAACAAGUCUUUUAAAGAGAUUUAUUUGUUAAUUCUUUUUCAGAGCCACAGAGAGAAGAACUGCAUUACUCCUGUAGUCAUAGCAUGCUAAACUGCCUUACAUGUUCUUUUAU